AGUACAGAAGAGUCAUCGUACAGAAGUCAUCCAACAAGGGACUUCGUCCAGCGUUUCUCAUCUUGUUACAUAUCUUUAAAUGUACAAAACUAUUCAGGUUGAAUUAGAUGCCGCAUAAAAGUCUAGGACGUUUUGACUGAAAGAAGAGCAGAACUUGUUUUGUUCAGGAUACUGACAUGGGAGUGCAGAUAAUUAUAUUCAUGCUACAAAUAUUUACUACAGAAAUGUAGUUGAGACUAAAAUAAGAAACAGUGUUGAGCUUUAGAUGAUCGACGCUUUUAAUUUGAGUUUGUUACAGUGUAACCACUGUGCUACUAAGGAUAAUAGAAUUUAGCAAUCCUUAAAGUCAAACUGGCGAGUUAUUGACAAGACAUUUAGUCAGCAUAGGUUGCUUUCUCUAAAUAUUCCCUGAAUCGAGGUGCCUGCAGACAUGGGAUCAAUCAAGCCAGGUAAAACCGACUUUAUUAUACGUGCUAUUACAAUGUUACAAUGUAUCUUGUCAUGUAAUUGAAAGUGUCCACCUCUCGCUACAUUGAUCAGUUACUUGUUUGCAAAUGUGUUACUUUGUUACAAAUAUAGUGUUACUGUUGCUGUCUAGAAUCAAUGUGUCGUUCUAAGAAUCUGUUCUAGAAAAAGCUUGUGCAAUCUGAUUUAUCUGUCCACAUUUUAUUUAGUUGUGUGCUUUUUAUAAGUUAUAUAUGGACCACAAUUAGAAACCUUCUAAUAGAUUUUUUUCUGGUCAGCUUAUUGUCAAGCCAUGUAUAUGGGUUAGGAAUGCCACUGCGCUACGGGGUUUUUUGUUUUGACACUACAAUGUUCUGCUUUGCUUCACCUCACAUGGACCAAGCUGCCUAGCCAUGUGCCGAUGCUUCUCGACUCUCACUGCUCAUUGGUCGAGAAGAGGCUGUGACGCAUUCAUUGCAUAAAUCUGUACUGAGUCCAAGCUUGAGGGCCGUAUGCAGGUCCACGUGAGACUGAAGGAUGCGGAUUUGGUGACCUAGAUUUAGUCUCUUAGACAUGACAGCUCCACAUGUGGGUGGGUUUUGGAAGCGAAUAGUCGUAGCUGGUUAGGUAAUCAUGGCCAGGGUUUCGAGACCAUUAACUACAUUUAGGGCUACAUAGUAUAGUAUAAUAUAUUAAUUUAUGUUGAUUUUGUGUCUGAGCCUCCUGUACACCAAGCAACAGGUUAAUUAUUUUCCUAGCUAGGUUUAUUUAGCCCAUAUUUAAGCAUUUGGUUUAAUAAUGUCAACAUUCUUAUGUAAUAACGUGAUUUAACACCAAUGACUACAAGAAUAACUUUGCUUUUGCCAAAAAAAACUAAAAUGCAUAUAUCAUUGUGCCCUGGCAAGCAAAAGAGCAGUAACUGCUCAUUAAUGGAAACUUAGAAAGAUGACCAGCGUUUUUUAAUUGUCGAGCCAAAUGAAUUGUAGUCAGAUUGGAGAUGUUAACUGUUGUCUUUUUUUCAGUUUAUUUUGUAUUCAUAUUGACCCUACCUCUGACGUUAUCUGGCAGUUACUGCCUUCUUGCUUGGUACACCCACUGGAAUGACGAUUUUUUUACAACGCAAACUUGUGUUUGUGGUUGUCAGUGUCAUAUGGUUUGAUACUUGUUUCAACAAACAACAAUAAAUAAUGCCAAGGUAAACCAUAGUAACUACAGCCCAAAGCUUAGUGAUUCAAGUUUUUUUUUUUUAAGCAGUAACUGAGGUGAGCGAUUGCAUUUACUGCUUUUUUCUUCGGUUUCACUAACUUUUACCAGCCACUGCAAACAUAACGUCCCAUUUGAUCUGAAACACAUUUUGUCCACAUGAUAAAUCAUGUAUUUAAUGUAUCAUAAAUGUCAACACAUUUUUGACCAAAUGUCCAGUUACUGCUCUUUUGCUUUGUAGAGGGCAGUAUUAUUCAAUAUAAUAUAUUAUAGAAGAACUGACAAACCCAACCCCAAAAUAAAUGUUACAAAUGAUUACAUUUGUAACAUAAGUGCAUACAAAUGAUUACAGAAACACAUUCGUUUUCACAUUACACUGUAGUGUCAUGUUUUGAUGGUACACCAUUAACCCUCUAUGGGGCAACAAACUACCUUUUGGACCUCACACCACCCCUUGAUUUUUUGGGGAUAAAAUAAAUAUUUAUAGUAUCACCUGACAUGUCUGUGUCCAAUGAAAUGAGGGGCUGAAGUGAGUGUGGCCUUUUGUCUGGGGUGUAGCAGUCCUUUCAGGAAGCAAAGCCGCAUGGGACACAGUGCCACCAAUUGGUAAGAUAAAAUCACUUUUUAACAUGUUUAAAUUGAAAUAACUUAAUAUAAAAAGAAUAUGUGCAUGAGUAUGUAAAGAAGUAUGUUUGAUUGUUUAAAUACUUAUUUUGUUUUUAUUUAUAUACUAAAACAGUUUUUUGGUUUGUUGCCUCAGGGCAACAUUGUGCAGUUAGACCAAUUUUGUUCAGGCAAUAACAUGCUAAAGUGUGGAGAUGUGCUCAGAUGCAUAAUUAUGACCAUAGUCAAUGUUUUUACUUUACUAUCUACUGAUACUUCCAGGAAAUGGACACAACAACAUUUUAUGGGUGGAAGGAACAUCAUCGAGCAGUUAGGGUCAUUCCCUCUGACAGUGAGGACAGUGAGCUUGAGAGUCAGGAAGAGUGGAUCCCCGAAUCAGGUUUGAGAGACAGUUAGGAGGUCAGGGGUCAGUUAGGGGUCAGUCAGCAAAGUAAUGUGUGUGUGUGUGUGUGUGUGUGUGUGUGUGUGUGUGUGUGUGUGUGUGUGUGUGUGUGUGUGUGUGUGUGUGUGUGUGUGUGUGUGUGUGUGUGUGUGUGUGUGUUUGCAUGCGUGUCAGUGGAUGAAGAAGGGUAUAUGACACAUUCAAAUGUGUGCUUCCUGCUUUCUUUUUUCAAGGAGAAUGCCUGUCUGUUGACAAUGAGACCGAGUCUGAGGAUGAAGAUGUAGCAGAGGUUGAUGUUCCACGCCAACCCUGGUGGAGAACACCCCACAAUGCAUACUUCAAUGCUUACCCAGAAUGGCAGGACCUGCUUUCAAGAUCUGAUGAUAUCAUGUGCCCCCUCCAGUACUUCAUGCAGUUUUUCUCUGAAGACAUUCUGGAAGUUAUUGUAGGGCAGUCAAAUCUAUAUGCGGUACAAUGUAAAGCAAACAAGCCCCUUAACCUCACAACAAAAGAAUUGGAGCAGUUCCUGGGUAUUAUGGUGUACAUGUCGUUGUUUGGUUUACCAGGAACCCGCAUGUUUUGGAACAAAGCCUGCCGAGUGUCCCAAGUAGCUGUCACCAUGAUACUAAAUAGAUGGGAGGCCAUCAAAAAAUCCCUGAGGUUGACAGGUGGGAUCUCAAGCAAAAGAUGAUCACCUAAGUCCCCUGCCCUGCUAUGGUCAAAGAAUACAACAAGAAUAUGGGUGGGGUGGAUCUGCUUGACUCACUGAUUGCACUGUACCGGAACAAAAUCCGAUCAAGGAGGUGGUACCACAGGCUGGUGUUCCACUUCCUGGAUAUGAUCAUCGUGACCACCUGGCUGCUCAACUGAAGAGAUUGUAAGGGCACUGGCAUGAGAAAGAAGGAACAAAUGAAGCUGUAUACCUUCAAGUUAUACAUCGAUGAAGGCCUAUGCAAAAGUGGAAAGAGUCUGGAGCGCAAGAAAGGUCGUCCCAGUUCCACUAUUGCUGGUGAGUAUGAGGAGAAGAGGAGGAAAGGACCCGCUGCUCCAAUUCCAGUCCCUGAUGUGCACCUGGAUGCCACAGCCCACCAGAUGAUUAUGGCUGAAAAGAAGGGGAGAUGCAAGGUACCAGGGUGCACAGGUGGUGUAAUAACUUACAUCUCUUCUGGCUCCGCCUCCAGCCCGGAGUCCUGUUUGAGUGACAGCUGCAGCAGCUACCUGUGCUCCUCUCCGCCUCAUCCCUCACUGCCAAACCGGGCAGUAGGAAUCAUGGUGGACAUCGCCCGCGCUACAACAGCCAAGCACCCACGUAGCCACGGCACAGAGAAGACUGGGCGAUCUACCUCCGCCAAGAGCAGCAUCACCAAGAUCAACGGCAUGGUGUUGCUGUGUAAGGUGUGCGGCGACGUGGCCUCAGGUUUCCACUAUGGCGUCCACGCCUGCGAGGGCUGUAAGGGUUUCUUCAGGAGGAGCAUCCAGCAUAGCAUCCGGUAUAAGAAGUGCCUGAAGAUGGAGAACUGCACCGUCAUAAGGAUCAACAGGAACCGCUGUCAGCAGUGCCGCUUCAAGAAGUGUCUGGCUGUGGGCAUGUCUAGAGACUCUGUUAGGUUUGGCCGCAUCCCGAAGAGAGAGAAGCAGCGCAUGCUGCUGGAGAUGCAGAACGCCAUGAACAACAUGGUGAUGAACAACAACAGCCAGCUCCACAGUAUGCUCCACGGCACCCAGAGUCCACCCUGCCCCAUGGAAGGGCUCCCCAAUGACGGCAGCUCCUCUUCCUCUGCCUCUUCUUCCUCAUCUAUCUCGUCUUCAUCAGACUCCAACCCUUCCUCACCCCGUUCCGUUCAAGACUCCAUGGAGACCAGCUCUAGCUCCGCCUCUUCCUAUUCGUCGGAUAGCGGUGAUGACGAGGUUCCUCCUUCCAGGGUGUGUCAUCGGGGCACAUUCACGUACCGCCUUGAGCAGCAACACCCCAUCAAAGAGGAAGUGGAGGAUUCGCCUUCGCAGGUCGCCGGGGAAACUGUAAAAGAUAGGAGAGACAGCCGCAUGGAGGAACUGCAGGAGAGCCGGAACCGCUGCAACGAAGACACCAGGGGUUGCCAGCCUAGUUGCAGUCAUCAACACGUCACCAACGUUCCCUACCGGGAAGAGAGAGUUGUUUACCAGCAGCAGCCUGCGCAGCUAAACGGCGCCCCCAGUGGUGGCAUGCCAGAAGCCUCCUACAGCCUCCAUCACAGGAGCCACAACACAAUGCACAACGUACAGACCGUCUCCAAUGGUUACAGUGGACCAUCAUACAGCCUACAGGACCACAAGACAAACUUGGUCAUUCCUGGUCUCUAUGUGGACCCCAGUCAGCGCAGCCAGGAGAUCUGGGAGGAAUUCUCCCUGAGUUUCAUCCCGGCCGUGCGCGAGGUUGUGGGGUUUGCCAAGAGGAUCCCGGGCUUCCGAGACCUCCCCGAGUACGACCAAGUCAGCCUGCUCAAAAACGGAACGUUUGAGGUGCUUAUGGUGCGCUUUGCUUCAUUGUUCGACGUGUCUGAGCGCACCGUGACCUUCCUGACGGGGAAGUGUUACAGCUUGGAGCUGCUACGCUCGCUGCGGGCCGGGGAGCUGCUCACCUCCAUGUGUGACUUCAGCGAGAAGCUGGCCGCUCUGCAGCUGGACAAGGAUGAGAUGAGCCUCUUCAUUGCCGUCGUCCUUGUCUCCGCCGAUCGUUCGGGGAUCCAGGACUUGAAGUCAGUGGAGGCGCUGCAGGACACGCUGAUCAGAGCUCUGCGGAGUCUGAUCAUGAAGAACCACGCCAAGGAGACUACCACCUUCACCAAGCUGCUGCUGAAGCUGCCUGAGCUGCGCUCCCUCAACAACAUACACUCUGAAGAACUGCUGGCCUUCAAAGUGCACUCGUAAUGGGGCACUCACAAAAGGGCUCAUCUGACUCCUAAUACCCUCCUUCCACACUUUGAAACCAGGACUGGCCUCCUCUGUCACUCCUAUACCAGGAACAAGGGGAGAACUUAAGGACCUACCGUUUGCAGUCAACCAACUCAGUGUAUUUCUACAGAAUGUAUUGAGAAGUUCUUCUUUUGGACUAUGUUGAUAGGGACAAAGGUCAGAGAAGAGACGAUACUGUACUCUAGUCAUAUGAGAAGGCUUGAGAACUGAGCUAUUGCCCGCACACACGAGUGUGUGUGUGUGUGUGUGUGUGUGUGUGUGUGUGUGUGUGUGUGUGUGUGUGUGUGUGUGUGUGUGUGUGUGUGUGUGUGUGUGUGUGUGUGUGUGUGUGUGUGUGUGUGUGUGUGUGUGUGUUUGGGGGGGGGUUGUUGUUUUACCAAGUUAGAGGCACCUUUCUAUUUUUAAAGAAAAAGGUAAAGAAAUGCUAUACCGGCUUUUUGAAAUGAUGAAGUGCAGAACUACUUGGUUUUGUUUGGUAAAUUCAAUGAAUUCCAAAGUGGUUGUCCACGAGCAGUGUGAAUGUGAUGAUUAUGCUAUCUAUUUCAUUCGACGCGCAAUAUCAAAUGGUCACUGUUUUCGACCCAAUAUGUUUGAAAAAAUCCCUCAAGACUCAAUGUAAGCAUCUAUCUAUCAAAAAGAAUGCUUGAUGAAUCUGAUAAUUGCUGCAAUUGCAUGGCUAUCCUUAAGUGAACAACUUGACAUUGUCGCUCCCAAGAGUCAUUUCUUUACUUUUGAAUUGUUCAACUGCAUUGUCAUCUUUACUGUCCUUUGUGUAGGGUAUUUAAUUUGUCUGAAUAUUUAAUUUUUGCAUGACUUUGUUAGCUGCUACUACCACGCCUCCUUCUGGGGAGUUUUUCAGCAACACAACUUUGCACAUUGUGUUGUGGACUGUCAACCUCCAAAAUCACACAUGUCAGCACAGACCCACAUCAUGUGUGCAUGAUGUGAACACGAUGAUACUGAAGUGUUCCUGAACUGAUUCCCCACCUUCCCCACAGUGAGGAGUUACUGGGUGGUUUUGACUUUACCUCCUGGCAUUUCAGCACAGCACUGACUUUAAAACUGAUAUUGUUUCCCAUCUGUUGUUUUUUUUGUUGAAUGUCUGUAUUUGUCUCCUUUUACUGACAAGAUUGCAGUUUGUAAAUAAUAGUUAUGCUAUAGCUAUCAUAUAAAUAUAUAUAAAUAGUAUAAAUAAAUACAAGUGAAGUUA